AUGAAAUCCGCACUCAUUCUCCCUAUCCUCCUCCCCGCCACCUACGCGUGGACAUUCACAUGGCGCAACGCAGACGGCGAAGAACACACCGAGCGCGGCCGCGGCCCCUCCGAAUGCAUCGUCGUUGACCACGCCAAAGGCCAACUCUUCGAGCUAGAUGGCCAGGGCGAAGACAACAUUAACAUGCUGCUGUUCUCGAACGACGACUGCUCUGGCGAUCCGGCGGGACGGGCAACUGAGUCGUGGUCGAAGGAGAGCUCGACUGAUUUGCUGAGCUUUGAGGUCGUUGCAUUGAAUGGUGGGGAUGACAGCACAACCCCGUCGGGCAAUGCGACUGCGACGGCCACGGAAACCGAGACGCCCUCUGGGACGGUGACGAGUCAGCCAACGGGGACCUCGACCGAGGAAACCUUUACGCUCCCCACUGUUUCUGAGACGGAGACUGGUACCGAGACAAUGUCCAACACCGAUGCCGAGCCCACCCCGACAGAGACGACUGAGCCGACGUCUACGAGCGAGGGUGGUUCUGAGCCCCAGACUGAGACGCCUACGCCUACGCCUACGCCUACAGAUGACGAGGUCCCCGAGGAUGCGGCGCAGCAGCUCUUCUCUCGGAACAACUUGGUUGGAGCCGGUAUCGCUGCUGUUGCUGGAUACGCGGUGAACUGGCUGUUCUAG